AUGGCGAAGGGCUUCCCUAAACUUGAACGUUACAUACACGACCAAGAGCCAGGCAUUUUUGAUAUGGUUUUGAAGUGGUUCAGUACGUUUUUGAAUUUUCAAGAUUUCAUUAAUCCACAUGAAAAGAAAUUGCUGCAACAAUAUGAGAGAGUCGCCAUCAUUGUCAUUACAUAUAUAAUAGAAUAUCUGCAACAUACAACAGACGACGUUUCAGAAUAUCAUUAUAAAUUACUAAAAAUGUUAGAUAAACUUUUGCACAAACUUCCGCCAAAUAUUCUAGAGAGAUGUAAUAAAUAUGAAAGUGGAACCAUAGCAUACCUAUGGCAACCAAACGCAUAUGGAAUUGAUUACAAGACACAUGAAUUAAUUUUAAAAAUAUUUUCCAUAUUGAUGAAAUAUAUCAACAGGGACAAAUGGAAUUUAGAGUUUGAAGAAAUUAAAUAUCUAAAUUUGAAUAUAAACGAAAUUGAAUUAGAAUAUGUUAUUAUGCAAACGGAACAUUCUUCAUUAUCCUUAAAGAAUUCGGAAAAAUUUUGGUUAGAGUUAGAUAAGCAAACGCUAUCAUUUGAAGGACGCAUUAAACCUGGCCCAAAUAGGCCUUACGAAAACAUCGAGGGAAAUGUCAAUGUUAUUAAAAUGGAGAUCAAUGAUGCCAUUUUGGCGGUCUACUUCAAUGAAUCACAUUUUGAUUGUCCUCAUAUUAUACCAAAUGAGCAAAUAAUACAAAUAUUUAUGACAACGCAAGAACUCGAUCGUCUUUGUAGCCAUGAAAUUAUUCAAUAUUUUCUAAAUAUUGUAUUGACUAAAGAAACACCGCUGUUAGAUGACAAUAGCAAUGCUUUGAAUUCUAUGCAAGAUAAUUCAAAUAAUUUAUCCAUAAAUAAUUCAAUAUCCAAGCAACCAAUAACAUGGGAUGAAUCCGACUUUCAGUCAGACGAUGAAAUAUUAAUAUCUCCAGGUGUAAUUGAGAAUAUUAUACAUAGACUAUCUGAAGAUAUAAUGAAUGAUGAGGCAAACCAGCAGGAACUACACCAUACUAAUAUUUCACCUAUUAUGACUUCUCCAGUAAUUGCAAGUAGUGUUAUUGAUAUUAGCGAGAGUCUGACGCAAGGACAUACCUGUCAUAUUCAAGCUUCUGAUAGUCUUAAUACAAAUCGUUCCAAAGAACUUCAUGGAAAUUCAAAUGAUAUCUUUGAUGAAUCUUUGAAUUGUUCUGAAACAAUAAAUGAUGCGGCAAACCAACGGAAAAUAAACAAUUAUAAUAUUUCAUCUAUUAUGACUACUCCUGUAACCACCAAAAAACGUAAAAGUUUCGUAAAAUAUACACACCCUUUACGGAAAAUCUCUACAAAAAGAAAUCGUACAAAUGAAAGCGACGAAGAGUAUCGCCCGUACAAAAAGCCCAAGAAACGUUCAAAUAACAACAAAAAUAGAAAAUCUGAAAACACUGUGAAGGAGAAAUAUAAUAAAAACAUUCAGAUAAAUAAAGUACAAUGUAACGAGAAAUUAUGCGAGAAAUUAAACGAAGUUGAUAUUAGCGAGAGUUUAAUUCAAAGAAGUACUCCUAACUUUCAAGAUACUGAUGAUGGUCACAAACAAUCAACUUCUAUAAAUGGUAGAAAAGAAAUACAAGGAAAUUACAAGAAUGUCAUAGAUGAUCCUUUGGAAUGCCCUGAUUUUCAGAAAUUCCGAGAAGGCAUUGAAGGAAGAACAUUAUUACAAAGCUCACACAAUAAUCCCAAUAAAUCAACACACUUGUUAGACGCUGGAGAAAGUGUAAUUUUUGAUUUAUUAAGAAGUUGCGAAAAUACAUUAAAUGAAUUACCAGAACUAGCUUUAGGAAAUACGCCUUCAACAAAUGUUACUAUCAAUGAAACAGAUGUUUCAUCAAAUGUCGACGAUAUUUCAAAACAAUUUAACAACAAUUUAAGAAGUUUGACAAGUAUUGGAAAUAUAAAUUUAGAUAAUGGAAGACUAUCCAAAACAAAAGCUACACAAAAAGAGAGCCAAGGAGUUUCACAUAAUAGUAAUUUGGGAAAUAUAGAAAUCAAUUUAAAUAAGGAAAAUAAAAAUCAUAAAAGAAAUGUGCGACGUGAAGAAAAUAACAAAUCGAAGAUAAAACAAAAUCCGAAAGAACCAAUGGAAGAUGCUAAGUAUUUAAAUACUAGAAAAGGUUUGCGCCCUACUAAACCAAUUAAAUACGAUGAUUUUGAUUCUUCAUCUACGCUAAGCGAUGGUUCAGAGAACUCUCCAAAAGGAAAUAAAACAAAGAGGAAUUUAAAGAGAAAAAAUAUAACUAAAAUUGAGUUAUGUGAAACAAAUAAGAAGAAGCGACCGGGCAUAAAAGGAAAUACAAAAGCACCAACAUCUUCAAACGAUUUAAACACAAGAAACCCUUUACAUCCUGAUAUACUAUCUAACAACGAGGAUUCUGAUUGUAUAAUAAUCCUAAGUAAUGACUCAAUGAUUUCUCCUGAUGUAAAUGAAAAAACCAGAAAAGAUUCAAAAAAAUUAAAAAGAAACAGUAUUGAAUUAUAUGAAAUAAGUGAGUAA